GCUAUGUGUAAAGGACUCGCAUCGCUGCCGACCUGCUGCUUGGAAAGGGCCAAGGAGCUGAAAGCAAGGCUGGGAAGCAUUUUGCAGAAGCCCAGUUGGACUCUAUCCUGCUGCAAAAUAGGGAAAGAUAAGCCAACCCUGGAGGAAUGCCUCAGGUGGAAAGAAUCCUUCGAAAAGCUCCUGUCCAGCAAACAUGGACUGUGUGCCUUCACAGCCUUCCUGGUCUCCGAGUUUAGCGAGGAGAACAURGCGUUCUACUUCGCCUGCGAGGAUUACAGGAAAACCAGGUGUUCCGCCAAACUUCCUGCCAAAGCCCAAAAGAUCUACUACGAGUUCAUCGGCAGCGAAGCUCCCAGAGAGAUAAACAUCGACCACGAAACCCGCGACAUCACCAAAGCCAACAUGCAGGAGCCGUCGCCGUCGUGCUUCGACCUGGCCCAGCACAGGAUCUACAUGCUGAUGGCCAAAGACUGCUACCCUCGCUUCCUCCACUCCCCGGCCUACAAGGACCUGCUGUGCCAGGCCAAGCCCGGCGCCAGGACCUCCAAGCUGCCCCAGCAGCAGCAGCAGAAGAAGAAGGCAUGAGAUCCCGUCGUCGCGGGCCAAGACAUUUGAGAACCCUGACCGAGGUGCGCUCGARGCUCGACGAGCCGACGCCGACUUGAGGCGCAAAGAGUGCCGGGAGUGGCGGGCGGUUCUGCUCUGCAGACGCUGCUUGCUCAAAGACAGGAGGCUGGAGAAGUGUGGUGAAGAGGACCGAUGUGCCAAAAGAGACGUUUGUUAGAAAGUCAAACUAAAACGACUGAACGAGUCUUUAAAAGGAACAGGAGAAGAAAAAAAGCACUUUUAUUUGCCAUCAGGCAAACUUUUUUCUAUUUGUGAUGUGCAAUGUUCUACUGCAUUUCCACUGUUUGUGCUACUUUAUACAUUUGUAUUUAUUGAUAUUUAUUUGCCUGUAACGUGUUUGUUGUAUUUUUACUGAACAGAUAUAAAGUUGCGCAACUUCGUUUCUAUCAUAUUUAUAUCAGUNUUUUUUUUACAUGAAAGAUUAAAUUAUUUGUAAAUAAAAGCAUGAAAAAACCAAA